ACGUGGCCCAGCGCGUGAAAAGGUGGACACUUUCUGCAUGGAAGAUCAGGACUGAAACGUAAUACCAUAAAUAAUCAAAUCUGUUAAAGGUCAACUUCUGGUCGCACACCAGUCCAAACCCCAAACUCAUCAGACAGCUGCAGCCAUUAAAUCUCCCAUCUAUGUAUUCAUAGUUUAUCUCACCAGGAAGAAAAAUAAUUAUAUUUCUAAUCACUUCCCAGUAAAUUCAAAUCUCCUUGUCAAUAUAAUAUCCCCAUUUUAGAUUCAAAAUUCACAGCCAGAACCAUCUAAGCUCCUUCUCCUGCUUCUAAACAAUUUGAUCCCUCUCCCCUUCUUCCUCUUCGUCCUCUCUGCAACUCUCUCAUGCCCUCCUCACCUUGAGAUCUUCACCCUAGCUAGAAAAUCAGAACCUUCCUCACUCUUUCUUCAACCCACUAUAUAUAAAACCAACCAACUUAUUAACCGUUCAGUUCACUCUCGCUAGCUGCUCUAUCUAUCCUUCCUCGAUCAAUGGCUUUAGUAACUCCGCCGUGCUCUGAAAUUCAAAAGCCGAGAAAAUCAGCUAUGAUUCAGAAGAAGCCGUUGAUGCUCAAAGAUUAUCUGAUGGACGAUCUGAGCUCCUGCUCAUCCAGCGGCUUCAAAUCCUUCCCACGCCGCCAAUGCUGCACAACCGUCCGAUUUCUCCUCGAGAUCGACCUCAAAUCCUCCUCCCGGCCACAACUGCCGCCGCCGCAGUCCAUUCACAACCACAACAACUUCAAGAAUCAAAAGCCAAUAAAGCAACUACUCCGACGGAGCCGGUCCAGAGCCGCCUCCUCCAACACCCUCUCCGCUCUCCAAAGAGCUUCCGGCGCCGUCAUUAACGCCGUAAGAAACUUGCAGUUUCACACCGCCAAGUCCUCCUCCUCGACGUCCGUACAAAGCAGUGCUCGGAAAGGUGGCUUGGUACUGCUUCUGCCUCGAAGCAUUUCACGGCGGCUGUGGUGGAAGAGCUUCCGGACAAAAGUAGAAGAAGAAGAGAAAGACAUAGUUAAGUGGAGAUCGUUCCGGGAACUUCUGCAGGAGCAAGAUAAGCCGUCCGAUCAGACCACCGCCAGUACAAAAAGUACCGACAGUAAAACCAACAGCAACAGUUGGGGGGAGAGCGAGUUUAGUUUGACCUCGGAGAGUUCAAUUGGCAACGACGUGGCGGAAGGUAAAAAUAGUUUACCAGAAAAUAAGAAAGUCGGCGGAAGAGUUGGCGUAACAGCCGGUGAGGAUUCCAUUGAAACACCAACCACCACCUCCACCUGCUCACCUCAAAACGCAAAGGUGUGGCUGAAUAAAGAGGAGGAGAAAGAACAGUUUAGUCCCGUGUCGGUGCUCGAUUGUCCAUUUGAGGAUGAAGAUGAUGAGAGUAGUAGUAGCUCUCCUUUUCGUUAUAGACUUGCUCGAAUGGAAGGUACACAACACAAACUCAUGCAGAAGAUCAGACGAUUCGAGAACCUCGCUCAACUGGAGCCAAUCGACUUGGAAAGACGAAUGGCAAUGUCAGAGACAGAUGGAGAUGACCGAGAUAACAGAACCGAAGAGAAAGCCGGAGAGCUAGUGAAGCAGUUGAUCAUCAAAACUAGUAGUUCUGCCCUAUCGAACGAUUUGGUAGUGCAUAUGAAGGCCGAUAAGUUGGUGGUGGAUUUGUUCAGAGAGAGGAGUGUCGAAAACAGCAAGGAAAAUGUGGUGAUGGGAGAGGUACUGAAAGUAGCAGAAGAGUGGGUGAAUGGGGAAUCACCAGUGUUGUCGAGUUGGGAGGUCGAAAAUGGUAGAAAAGUUUAUGUUAAUGAUAUGGACAAUAAUUUCUUUGGGAAGUGGAUGAAAUUGGAUGAACAAGAAAAAGAGGUUGGUUUGGAGUUGGAGGUUGAGGUAUGGAAUUAUUUGCUGAAUGAAUUCCUGCUUGAUCUAGUUAGCUAGAUAGUUAAUAGGUCACUUGGUUAGCGUGGACUGUGGAGUAGGAAGAAAUUCUCGUAUACAACCUUUGACGUGUACAAUUCUUCGAUCUUUCACAUUUUAUUUCAA